AUGUCAUCACCACAGAAGACCAAAGCAACUAAACCCCGUCAUGUUCCGACGCAUCCUGGAUACAAAGAAAUGAUAAUCGCUGCAAUCAAAUCACAAGAAGAAAAGAAAGGAUCUUCCCGAGUAUUUAUACGCAAAUAUAUCGAGGAAAAUUUCGAAGCCAAGCAACAAGGUUUCACCACACAUUUGAAUAGAAAUCUCAAGAAAUUAAUUGAAUCAGAAUUUCUGUUUCAUCCAAAAACUUCCCCUGGAUGUUACAAAAUCAACAAAGCUGAACUCGCUAAAGAAGAAAAGGAAGCCAAGGCGAAAGUAAGAGCUGCAAUCAAGAAGCAGCAGGCCAAAGAACAACUCGAAAAACAAAAAUUGAAACAAGCCCAAAAGAAACAAGUGACAAAGGAAAUUGCUAAAAAGAAAACUGACUCCACAAAAAAGACAACAAAAACAGUAAAAUCAAAAGUGGAAAGCAAACCAGAAAAGUCUGACAAGGACUCUAAGAAAACGACAAAGAAAACAAUUACCAAGAAAAAAGUGGGAACUUCAAAGAAGACCCAGAAAAAGUCAGCAAAAAUUUCGACCAAGUAG